AAAAAAAUGAUUUAGAAAAAGUGUCAUAUAAAAGGAAGCAAAUCGUUGAAUUACUCAAACUCUUAAAAACUCACAAAUAAAUCAUAUAUAGAUCAUCAAGGCAUCUAAAGAAGCAAGGAGAGGGAGAGAAUGAAUAUAUUAGGCGCUUUGAAGAUCACCGUGAAGAAAGGCAUUGAUCUCAAAGUUUGCGACGCUUUUAGUAGCGACCCUUAUGUUGUCAUCUCCUCCGGUUCACAGAAAUUGAAGACUCGAGUGAUAAAGAAUAAUUGCAACCCUGAGUGGAAUGAUGUUCUAACUCUUUCAGUGACUGAUCCAGAUAUGCCCAUUACACUAAAUGUGUUUGACAAAGAUAGGUUCUCGAAGCCGGAUAAAAUGGGAGACGCAGUUGUGGAUAUUAAGCCGUAUAUAGAGUGUAUGCAAAUGGGGUUAGAAGAUCUCCCGAUUGGAACUGCUGUAAAAAAGUUGCAGCCUGAAGAGAGUAACUGCUUAGCCGAUGAAAGUAAGGUAAUUUGGGUUGGUAAAGGCAAAAUGGUUCAAGAAAUGACUCUAAAACUACAAAAUGUGGACAAGGGUAAAAUACUAAUCAAAAUCGAGUGGCUUGAUCUUCCAGGUUGCAAAGGAUUACAUUCUUGAUAUAUAUAUUAAUAUAUUAUAUCGUACUUCCUCCUUUCUAUUUUAGAUGUCUCAAUUGACUUUUUUACACUAUUAACGUAUAUUGUACUCGUAUGUGUUAUAUUCCAAGUGUCAUUAUAAUUUCCAAGAUUUCUUUCAA